AUGGACGAGAUUCGCGAAGCGGUACCCCAAUCUUGCACCAAGUGCAGAAGGCGCAAGGCCAAGUGCGACCGAAGCCAGCCCUGUGCCAACUGUGUCAAGACCAACAGUGAAUGCACUUACGAAUCUAUCUUCCGAACUCCCUUGACCCGGAAGCAUCUCACAGAGGUCGAAGAUGAAUUGGCUAGAACCAAAGAACUUCUGCAUUCGUAUCAGUCAGCUUCGCGCUCACCUGCCGUCCAUGAGUCGGCCAACCCUCGAAAGCGGCGGGCCACAAGCACAUCCAACGAUCCAGCCCCUAGUUUCUAUAAUCCAACAUCGAUACCUGUCCAGGAACAGCAGCAGUUCUCGCAGACUGCGGGCGCGGUAUAUCCUUCUAACACGUCGACCAUGGCGUCUUCGGCUCCUCAACCGUCUUAUCAAGACUACAGUACCUUACAACAGCGGCAGCCACAGCCACCCAUGCAUCGUCCAGCGGCUAGUCAUCCAGGACCAAGUCCUACCUUUUCCAUGGAGACGCCGCCUGCCGGCGAUUUCGACUGGGAUGAGCGCGUGCGGAGCGGCAACCGCUUCAUUGAUGGCAUGGCCAGUUUGACUGAGCGAUCCUCCCGAGGCUACAUGGGCGUUGCUUCCGGAGCUGCCCUGCUUCGCCUUGCUGAUGACGCCUCGGCCGACUCAGGCGUUGAAGUCGACAACGGGCACAACGAGACCGCCAGCAACACCCCUCCGAUUCCAGUCCUAUUCACACUUGCCCAACUAGAGCCAUUCGUCGAUGCCUACUUCUCUACUUACCAUAUCUCGUAUCCAAUCAUACACGAGGCCACUUUCAGAGCACAGUUCAUGGAGAUUAUACCACGACCGAAAGGGAACUCGUGGCAGGUGUUGCUCCACAUUGUGGCCACUAUGGGCGCCUUUGCAGCCUCGGAGACGGCACCGGAAAUCGAUCUGGCGCUCUUCGAAGCUGCUAAGGCCCGAAUGAGCAUCGAUAUGUUCGAAACAGGAAACAUCACUCUUGUCCAAGCUUUGACUUUGAUUUCCAACUACGUCCAGAAAAGAAACAAGCCAAAUUCGGGCUACAACUACCUCGGUCUAGCCAAAAGAAUGGCUUUGGGCAUUGGUCUUCACAAAGAGUUCAGGGACUGGCAUUCGAAGCCGCUGAUGCUCGAAACACGUCGGAGAGUAUGGUAUUGUUUGUACAUCUUCGAUGUGGGUGCAAUCAUCACCUUUAGCAGACCUCUGGACCUUCCCAAGGAUGGCAUCGAAGUACAACUACCGCUGAACGUCUCAGACAGUGACAUUACGGCGUCUACCAAGACUCUGCCGGCCGAAACACAAGGCACAACUCUUUACACCCACGUACGGUGCCAAGCGAAAUUCCACCUAGCUACAUCUGAGAUAUAUGAGCGGCUCAUUUCGACCUUCCCGAGUGCCGAAGAGAUGUUACAACUUGACGAUGACAUUCUCGGCUCAUGGCUACGCGAACUACCCUCGUACUUUGGCCAAGACGUGCUUCAGGCGCCCAGAUAUCGAUUGUGUCAUGCCAUCCUUCAAUGGCGCUGGCGAAACAUGCGAAUCCUGAUGUAUCGGCCCUACGUUGUCCGGCGCAUGGUCUCACGCGCCCAGGAUGCCCAGCAUUCCGCUCCGUCUUCCUCAUGGGAUGACACGGCGAUUCAACGCUGUCUUGAUACAGCUGCAGAGUCAGUACAUCUAAUCACCACCUACUGGCAACAAGAGAAGCAAAACGUCUUGGCUUGUUGGUAUGCAUUAUACUUUCUAUUCCAGGCCAUUCUCAUUCCUGUCAUUUGCCUUCGCAAUGACCCCCUAGCCGAAGCGGCUCCUGUGUGGAGGCAACAGAUCCUGAGCGCCCUGGCUGUCAUGUUAGACAUGUCGCGCCUCAACUCGGCAGCGACACGCUGUCACUCCACGGUCCUGAACCUUGUGGGCGGCUGGCUUGGCGACAAUACUCCUCCGAACCUCACUGAGUCUCCACAAACUCAACUCAAUGCGCUACAUAGCUUUCUGUGGCCCAUUACCGAUCCCAAUAUCGUGGGUGGAUAUGAUGGCUUCCAGGAAUCGGCGGCAUACGACUUCAUGACAAACCUGGGAGGUUUCUAG